AGAAUAAAGCUUUCCACACCCAUUCUCCUUCAUCUCAUCGUAUAUGAACAAUGCUUCCAACAAUAUUUCCUCCGCAACAUCGUCAACUGUUGCAAGACCUCAUUCACUGUACACAAAACAAAGACAUCCUCAAAGGUCGAACCUUUCACGCUCGCAUUCUCAAAAACGGUUCACUUUCUUCCAUUUACGUUGCAAACACUCUCUUCAAUCUCUACGCAAAAUCUGGUUACUUAUCACACGCUUUUGUUCUCUUUGAUUCUAUAGACGAUAACCAAAAAGACGUUGUUUCAUGGAACUCUCUCAUCAAUGCUUUCUCAAAACACCAUUCAGCUUCAUCUUAUUCAUUUGCUAUAAACCUUUUUCGUCGUAUGAUGCGGGUUAACAAUGUGGUUCCUAAUGCUCAUACUCUCGUUGGUGUUGUCUCUGCUGCUUCUAAUCUUUCUGAUGUAUUUGCUGGAAGACAAGCUCAUUCUAUUGCUGUUAAAGUUGGCUGCGCCGGUGAUGUUUAUGUUGGGAGUUCGCUUUUAAAUAUGUAUUGUAAAACGGGUUUUGUUUUCGAUGCUCAUAAGCUGUUUGAUAGAAUGCCUAAUAGAAAUACGGUUUCUUGGGCUACUAUGAUUUCUGGGUAUGCUUCUUGUGACCUUGCUGACAAGGCGGUUGAGGUUUUUGAACUUAUGCGUAGGGAGGAAGAGAUUGAGAAUGAGUUUGCUUUCACUAGUGUUCUUAGUGGAUUGACCAGUGAUGUGUUUGUGUGCACUGGUAGGCAGGUUCAUUCACUUGCUAUUAAAAAUGGGUUGCUUUUGAUUGUCUCUGUUGCUAAUGCUCUUGUGACAAUGUAUGCUAAAUGUGGUAGUCUUGAUGAUGCGGUUCGGACUUUUGAAUUUUCGGGGGAUAAGAAUUCUAUUACUUGGUCAGCUAUGGUUACUGGUUAUGCACAGAGUGGAGACUCUGAUAAAGCUUUGAAAUUGUUUAAUAGUAUGCAUUCUUCUGGAGCACUGCCUUCAGAGUUUACUUUAGUUGGGGCGAUCAAUGCUUGCAGUGACCUUUGUGCUGUUGUAGAAGGGAAACAAUUGCAUGGUUUUGCUUUCAAGUCGGGGUUUGGAUUGCAAUUGUAUGUUUUGUCAGCUUUGGUGGAUAUGUAUGCAAAAUGUGGUAGCUUAGCCGAUGCUCGUAAGGGUUUUGAGUGUAUACAACAACCUGAUGUUGUUCUUUGGACUUCUAUCAUAACAGGUUAUGUACAAAAUGGGGAUUAUGAAGGUGCUCUAAAUCUGUAUGGGAAAAUGCAAAUGGAGAGAGUUAUCCCUAAUGAACUAACAAUGGCAAGUGUCCUAAAAGCUUGUUCCAGUCUAGCUGCUUUAGAUCAGGGAAAGCAAAUGCAUGCUCGGAUCAUCAAGUAUGGUUUCAAGUUGGAAGUUCCGGUUGGGAGUGCUCUUUCUGCCAUGUAUGCAAAGUGUGGAAGUUUGGAUGAUGGGUACCUUAUUUUUUGGAGGAUGCCUACCAGAGAUGUAAUUUCAUGGAAUGCAAUGAUAUCUGGACUUUCUCAAAAUGGUCAUGGUAACAAUGCCUUGAAGCUGUUUGAGGAGAUGUUAUUGGAGGGAAUAAAGCCUGAUCCAGUCACGUUUGUGAAUCUUCUCUCUGCUUGUAGUCAUAUGGGACUAGUGGACAAAGGCCGGGGUUAUUUCAAGAUGAUGUUUGAUCAGUUUAACAUUGCUCCGAUGGUUGAGCAUUACGCUUGUAUGGUUGACAUCUUGAGCCGUGCAGGUAAGCUCAAUGAAGCUAAAGAGUUCAUUGAAUCUGCAACGGUUGAUCAUGGUCUGUGUUUGUGGCGCAUAUUAUUAGGAGCUUGCAAGAACCAUCGUAACUAUGAACUCGGAAUUUAUGCUGGAGAGAAACUGAUGGAACUAGGGUCACCAGAAUCAUCUGCUUAUGUAUUGUUAUCAAGUAUAUAUACAGCCUUAGGGGAGUUCGAAGAUGUAGAGCGUGUCAGGAGGAUGAUGAAAGCUAGAGGGGUGAAGAAAGAACCUGGCUGUAGCUGGAUUGAGUUAAAAAGUUUGGUUCAUGUGUUUGUUGUUGGAGACAAUAUGCACCCGCAAAUUGAUGAAAUACGGUUAGAGUUAAGGUUGUUAACCAGAUUGAUGAGAGAUGAAGGGUAUCAACCUCAUUUGGAUUCAUUGUCUGAAACUGUUGGAGAUAAUUUGACAGAUCAAGAAGGAUGUCACGAGAUACAACUCAGCGUUUGUGGUGGCUUGUAGCAAUACAUGGGGGAUGAUCUACUACUUAUGCACGGCGAUGUCAUUUCAAUGUUGAGUGUUGCAAUUAAUCAAUUCUGGUGUUGUCCGGUGUUUUAGUUCAUUAGCCACAAGAGGAUUGUCACCCACCAACAAGGAAGCUAAUUGACAAGCCAAUGGUACGAAUUACAGCCAGCAUUCAAAGAUUUCAAGCCUGUGACAGACAUCCAAAUGAUUUGUUGUAAGUAAUUAUGCUUGUGGGGGCAAUACCCAAUCCAUGCAAUGACAUUAACCUUAAUUUGAGCCUGAAGGAACUCUUUGGUUGGAAAAUUGAAAGUGAGAGAAAUUCGAUGGAGUAUAAAUGCUAAGAAAGAAAACAUUAAAGGAUUUGCAAUUGAAGACCUUCAGCAAGGCUGCAACAGAGCUUCAAGUACUUCAUUGUUUAAUAGUAUUAUGGUUGAGUCUCUUCAAGUAUAUGAAAGAGGUUCACGAUCGAAAAACAUCAUGAUAUUGUCAUUCAAAGCUUUGCGAAAGGCGAUCACAGAACUUGAUCUAUUGGAUCUUAAAGAAUCAACUGAAAAGUUUGUUAAUUCGACAUUUGAAGGUAUGCCUAAUGCCUCCAACAACCAGACCAUAAAUUUGCGUGAUCCUCUACUUGCAGCAUCAAAAGGUCGUCCACGCACUUUGCGAAUGAAAGGCAGUUUGGAAUUGUUCAAAAAAAGGUUCAUUCAGUUGUGGUUAUUGCAAGGAAAAAGGCCACAACAAGCCUAAAUGUCCAAGUUUAAAACACAGAAGGAUAUGUUACCUGAAGCACAAUAACAACUUUCAACAAGAUCACAUCACAAGAUUCAUGAUGCAGGAGAUGAUAUCUCACAGUUGGCUACUUGGUUUUAGUUUAGAUUAUAGGAUAUCAUAUUAUUAUUUUUUAGUUUAAUUUAAUAUUUGUAGUCAAUGUCAUGAUACUUUGUACUUAGUUAGGAAUUAUAUAUAACACUCUCAAUACCUGUUCUGGUUUUCAGGUUUAUUUCCUUCGAUGGAUUUGGUUUCAUAUAAAUCAUAAUUUUCUUUUAAUUUUAAAUAGUUAUUAUGACAGUAGGUUCUGUUGUGUCUUCAUGUGGUCAUGGUGUGUUCAUGAAGUGUAUCACGAGUGUGGUCAUGCCAAAAGUAUGAGGUUUGAAUUUCGCUUCAUUUUACUUUGCCCAAGCCAGGCUUCAUUUGAGUAAUUCCUUUCUGCAAGUUUUAGCCUGUGUAUGGAAUUUCUGUGCUUCAAUCCACAGUUAUGUUCUGCAUUCAGCUAUUAAUCAGGUGGAGUAGUCAUGGUGUGUAUAAAGUGCUCUAGGGGAAAGCCUUGUAGUGGAUGUUAGGUGUAUUGUGUGUCAAAAUUCUGUUUGUGCUUGUAUUUAGGUGUUCUAAUAUUUAUGACUUAUAUACUUUGGCAUAUUUUAUGCCUCAUUUAUCUAAGUAUAUUUUUACUUCUA